CCGCCCCUCAGAGCGGAGCGGAGGUGACAGGAUGAGCGACAUGGACGUGGAAGCGGGGCUGAAGGACGUGGAGCUGAACGAGGUGGAGGUGGAGCCGGAGAAGCUGCCGAUGAACUCGAGCGGCGGCGGCCCGGGCGACAGUAACGGCGCGCUGAAGGCCAAGGCGGCCGAGGCCGAGCAGCCCUUCACCGGCCUGAGCAAGGAGGAGCUGCUGAAGGUGGCCAACACGCCGGGCUGGGUGCGCGUCCGCUGGGCGCUGCUGCUGCUCUUCUGGUUCGGCUGGCUGGCCAUGCUGGCCGGCGCCAUCGUCAUCAUCGUGCAGGCGCCGCGCUGCAAGGCGCUGCCCGCCCUGCGCUGGUGGCAGCAGGGCACCGUCUACCAGCUCGACGUCGGCGCCUUCCAGGACUCGCAGGGCGACGGGCGCGGGGACCUGGCAGGAGUACAGCAACGCCUGGAGGAAAUUGCUGCUCUCAAGGUUAAAGGUAUCGUGAUCGGCCCAAUUCACCAGAAUUCUCCGGACCUGAUUAACGAGACAAGCCUGACGGAGAUCGAAAGCGUCUAUGGCAACAUGGAGCAGUUUGACAAUUUGCUGGCGGCAGCCCACAGAAAAGGUAUCAAGGUGAUUCUGGAUCUCACUCCCAACUACAAAGGGAGCCAGGAGUGGUUUGGGAUUAACUUCAACGUGACUGACGGGCACCAGGACCUCUUGCGGGAGAAGGAGGCUUUUCAGUUCUGGCUCCAGAAAGGUGUGGAUGGUAUACGUCUGGGAGGGAUUGAGCAAGUUCUCCAUUCUGUUCCCAGUAGGUUAAUGGAAUGGCAAAACCUCACCAGGAACUUCUCAGUAGAUGAGAAACCAAGAGUCCUCAUCGUUUCCACAGUGAUGACCAACCUUGGUGAAAUCCUGCAGCUCUUGAACCAAUCAGAUGUCGACCUGGUCUUCAGCAACUAUCUGCAUCGGGCCAUUGCAAUCUCCAACCUGUCUGCAGCUGCUGUCCAGCAAAGUGUGGAGCAAUACAUCAACGGCACUGGCAAAGCAUGGCCAAGCUGGGCUGUCUCGGGUCCCAAGAUUGGUCACAUGGCGACCAUGAAUGCUAAUCUGGCUGGCCUGCUUCCAGUAAUGCUGUUCACUCUCCCUGGAACACCCUUCAUUUACUACGGCGAUGAGAUUGGGCUGCAGGGUGACAUGCCGGGCCAGACACCAUGGAUGUUGUGGAAUUCCUCGGAAAAUGCCGGCUUCACCUCCCAGCUCAGCAACCGCCCAAAGCCCAGCUUCAACAGAACAGUGGAGGGUCAGAAAUCUGACAGUAACUCUCACCUGUCACUAUUCAAGAAGCUGAGCCUGCUGAAGGUGAAGGAGCGCUCACUGCAGUUCGGCGAGUUCCGGUCGGUGUACAGCUCGGGCAGCGUCUAUGCCUACCUUCGGGCGUGGGACCAGAGUGACCGCUUCAUGGUUUUGCUCAACUUCGGCACAGAGCCCACAACCAUCUCUCUCCGAGGAGAGGACCUCCCUGCAAAGGCCAGUGUGGAGCUCAGCUCCUUGACCUCCAGGUCGGAGGAGGCAGUUGAGUUGACCACAGUCAGCCUCGGUGGAGGAGAGGGUCUGGUGUUGAAAUUCCCCUUUGUUCCUUGAAGUUGCACACCUCCUCCCCUCAAGUCUCACAGUGACUGUUUGAUUCAGUGUGUGGAGAGGGGAUCGAUCCCUGGGUCACCUUGUGACUUUCACAUUCCAUUGUGCACUGGUUUAACAAAUGCCAAUUUUCCAUUCGUAUUGUCUUGUGUUUCUCAUCUGGAUGCUGAGCAGUUUCUGCAAUCUCCUUCCUUGUGAUCAGAGCACCCUUUAGCACGACCUGCAGGGAGUGUGACACUGGUCUGAAUCCAGCUGGUCAGAGGGAGUCUACUUUUUAAUUUAAAACCCAACUGUGGCCCCUUCUGACUGAGGACUUGGUGACUUUAUUUCUCUGGACCCAACCUCAGACAUCUGGUUGGGGGUGAAAUGUCCAAUAUCGACAAAACACUACACUGGUGAUGUGGAUGUAGGAGGGUUAGGAGCUGAGGACAGCCCCUUUUAAGAUUAUUGCUAAUCUGACUGACCAUAUUGAGCCUGUUCAUGGCUCCAACUCUUCUACUAAAUAGAUAACCCUGUUGGUUUUCUGCCUGUGCACCACACACUGGCAAUGGGGAGGGGGGGGGGAAAGAGAUGAAGGCUUCACUUGAGCCUGGGGUCUUGGGCUGUUGCUUGCAUAAAGGCCAAGGGCUGAUUUUUGUUUGGUUCUCUGCUGUUAAGGGAGCAGUGGCCAAGCUCGUCCUGACAAUAUUGCCCAGCUUUGAAGAUAAAUGAGGGAACUGUGGUUGAAAGUGGGCUAAAGACGCACAAAAAUAGAAGAGCUAACAGUGGGAACACUCCCCUUAUUCCCACACAUCCUUGAGUUAAGCAAGUGGCAUUGCUGUUAAAACAAGGCCAUAAGAUUGUGGUUCAUCUUCAAAUGGCUUUCAGACACCAAUGCCUCCUGCAAUGGUGUGGUUGAUUGCCAGUGAUGCUGUCCAACAGCCUCAUCCAAUACAACUGCUUCACUUUGAGUCAAAGUUGGCUGUUAUAAACCCCUCUUCCAAAUGGGACCUAUGAAUAAAAACACUUUUAAUUUUUAAAAGAAACAAGUGAUUUUUUUU